AUGCUCAGGACCUCAGGGCUGGCCCUGCUGGCUCUGGUCAGUGCUGUGGGCCCCAGCCAGGCCAGCGGCUUCACAGAAAAAGGCCUGUCCCUGUUGGGCUACCAGCUGUGCAGCCACCGCGUGACCUACACUGAACAGAAGGUGGAGGCCGUGCAGACAUCCUACACAACCUAUGUGUCCUGUGGCGGCUGGAUCCCCUGGAGGCGGUGCCCCAAGACUGUUUACGGGACCCGGUACCUGGUGGUGGAGGUCCCCAAGUCCAGGAACGUGACUGACUGCUGCCAGGGCUAUGAGCAGCUCGGCCUCUACUGCGUCUUGCCCCUCAAUCGGUCCAGCGAGUUCACAUCAAGACCUGGGGUCUGCCCUGCAGAGGAACCUGAACCAUCCACCUCCUCCUGCAGCUUGGACACUGACUGUCCUGGACUUCAGAAGUGCUGCCCCUGGUCAGGGCGCUAUGGUUGCAUGGCCCCUGCACCCCAAGCUCCAGAGAGGCACCCCGUGGGCUCCUGGUACAACGUCACCAUGCUGGUGAAAAUGGACUUCAAGGAACUCCAGCAGGCGGACCCCAGGCUCCUGAACCACACGCGCCUCCUGCACUCCUUGGUCACCAGUGCCCUGCAACCACUGGCCUCCACUGUCCACCACCUGCACUCGGUCCCUGGGGAUGCCUCCACCACGGUGUCGCGGCUGCUGCUGGGCCUGCCUCGGCCAUUGCCCGUGGCUGACGUCUCCGGCCUGCUGGGCGACAUCGCAAAGCGUGUCUACGAAGUGAUCAGCGUCCAGGUGCAAGAUGUCAACGAGUGUUUCUAUGACGAGCUCAACACCUGUUCUGGAAGGGAACUGUGCACAAACCUGGAGGGCUCGUACCGGUGCGUCUGUCACCAGGAAGCUCCAGCCACGUCUCCCCGGAAGCUGAACCCCGAGUGUGAAGAUUGCCCUACACUCAGUGACUAUAUGAUCCUCAACGUCACCGGUGGCAGUUUUCAAGUAUCCUGGCGUCUGAAUUCUACGCAGAACCGCACUUUCUAUGUCCGGGUUUACCGGGGUGAGACGUUGCUCAGGAGUGCCAGGACACGGGGCCUGGCACUGGCGGUGUCUGGGCUGGAGGCUGGAGUGCUCUACAGGGUGAAGACCGGCUACCAGGGGUGCGGGGCAGACAUCUCCACCACACUGACCGUCAAGACCGAAGCCCGGGUAUUUGAAGUCAGAAUAAAGAUCAUAAACCGGAACUUGACGGAGCAGUUACGUGACCUCAGCAGCGUGGAGUACCAGGACUUUUCUAGACAACUGCUUCACGAGGUUGAGAGCUCCUUUCCGCCGGUGGUGUCUGACUUGUACCGAAGUGGGAAACUGAGGAUGCAGAUCGUGGCUCUCCAGGCGGGAAGCGUGGCCGUGAGGCUCAGGCUCACCGUGCAGGACCCCAAGAUUCCUGUGGGUGUCUCCGCGCUGGCCCCCAUGCUCCAGCCCCUGCUGGCAAGCACGGUGUUCCAGAUUGACCAGCAGGGGACACUCGUGCAAGACUGGGACGAGUGCUUGGACAGUGCGGAGCACGACUGCGCGCCGGCUGCCCAGUGCGUCAAUCUGGAGGGCUCAUACACCUGCCAGUGCCGCACAGCCAGGGACGCCAUGCCCUCCCGUGCGGGCCGGGUCUGUGAGGGUGACCUGGUGAGCCCCACGGGCGGUGGGCUGUCUGCAGCAGCAGGGGUCACGGUCCCAACUCUUGGCACAGGAACAACAGCCGUCGGCUUAGAGAACUUCACCUUGUCACCCAGCCCUGGGCACCUUCGGGGCACCCCAGCAGCAGGCCAGGCCUGGACCCCAGGGCCCCCACCCAGGAGAGGGGGCAGCAGUGUGGUUGGGUAUGACAGGAAUAACACAGGAAAAGGUGUGGAGCAGGAGGCGCCCAGCACUGCCCCAGGUUUGGGGAUGGACCAGGGGAGCCAGGCAAACUCUAGUCAGGGGAGCACCAGCCAGGGGAGCACCAGCCAAGGGAGCACCAGCCAGGCAAGUCCUAGCCAGGCAAACCCUAGCCAGGGGAGCCCCAGCCAGGCAAACCCCAGCCAGGGGAGCACCAGCCAGGGGAGCCCCAGCCAGGCCAACCUCAGCCAGGUGAGCCACAGCCAGGGGAGCUCCAGCCAGGGGAGCCCCAGCCAGGCAAGUCCCAGCCAGGCAAGUCCCAGCCAGGGGAGCACCAGCCAGGGGAGCCCCGGCCACAGGAACACUGUCGGGGUGAUGGGCACCACCUCCUCCCUCAAGGCUCCGGGGUCAACCCACAGCUUCCCUCCUGGGGCCACAGAUGGCCCACUGGCCCUCCCUGAACAGUUACUGGGAAACUCCACCAUGGAGCCAUCCUGGCCUUCCCCUACCAAGGGCCCCAGUGGCCAUGUCAUGUGGCAUGCCACCCGUCCCACCUGGGAAACACUUCUGAAUCCCAUGUGGCUGCAAAAUGAGGACAGUGGACCCUCCAGCUCUGCAGACCUGCCAUCGACCCCCACCCUUACACCUCUGAAGAGCCCUGCCUGUGUUCCCGUCUCCAUUGGGAGGAUCGUGGUCUCCAAUGUGACCAGCACAGGUCUCCACCUGGCAUGGGAGGCGGGUCUUGCUCUGGGCUCUGCCUUCCAGCUCACUCUGACUUCUGCGUGGAGCCCCACUGUGGUCCUAGAGACCUGGAACACGAGUGUGACCCUGUCGGGGCUGGAGCCUGGGGUCUUGCACCUGGUAGAGAUCGUGGCCAAAGCAUGCGGGAAAGAAGGAGCCAGAGCUCGUCUGAAAGUGAGGACAGUGGCCCGGAAGCUCACUGGAAAGGUCAGAAUCGCAAAUGUCGAGUACUCAGAAUCAUUUGGUAAUGCAAGCAGCCAGGAGUAUCGACAUUUCCUAGAACUGUUCUUCGGGACGGUGUGGGGCUCCCUGCCAGCUGCCCUGCGUCAGCACGUGGACGCCGGCGGGGUCAGGAUGGAAGUCACUGGAGUCACCAACGGCAGCGUCGUGGUGGAAUUUCACUUGCUGAUCAUCGCAGACCUGGAUGUCCUGGAGGUGUCUUCUGCAUUCCUCACCGCCUUCCAGACCGCGCCUCUGCUGGAGGUGAUCAGAGGAGACACCUUCAUACAGGAUUACGAUGAGUGUGAAAGGGAGGAGGAUGACUGUUUGCCGGGGACCGCCUGCCGAAACACCCUCGGGUCUUUCACGUGUAGCUGUGAGGGGGGAGCCCCCGACUUCUCUGUACAAUAUCCUGAGAGACCCUGUGAAGGUGACUCAGCUGGCAACGAGAGCGCCACCAGCCCGGAGAGGCCCCUCACCACAGCAGGGUCCCAGGCUGCCUUUGUGCAAGGCACCAGCCCCACGCCCCAGGGCCUGCCCCCACGGCUGAACCUGACCGGAGCAGUCAGGGUGCUCUGUGAGAUUGAAAAGGUGGUUGUCGCCAUCCAGAAGCGCUUCCUGCAGCAGGAAUCUAUCCCUGAGUCCUCGCUGUACCUGAGCCACCCCUCCUGCAACGUGAGCCACAGCAAUGGGACACACGUGCUCCUGGAGGCCGGCUGGAGCGACUGUGGGACCGUCAUGCAGAGCAACAUGACGAGCACGGUGGUGAGGACCACGCUGAGGAACGACUUGCCCCCAGAGGGCAUCAUCCACUACCUGAAGAUCCUGAGCCCCAUCUACUGCGCCUUCCAGAACGACCUGCUGAUAUCCUCCGGCUUCACCCCAGAGUGGGGGGUUUACACCGUCGUCGAAGACCUCCAUGGUGCUGGGCAUUUUGUUACCGAAAUGCAGUUGUUUGUUGGAGACUCUCCCAUACCUCAGAAUUAUAGUGUGUCUGCCAGCGAUGACGUCAAGAUCGAAGUGGGGCUCUACAGGCAGAAAAGCAACCUCAAGGUGGUCCUGAUGGAGUGCUGGGCAACCCCGUCCAGCAACGCCCGGGACCCGGUCACCUUCAGCUUCAUUAGCAACAGCUGCCCCGUGCCCAACACAUACACGCACGUGAUUGAGAACGGCAACUCCAGCAGAGCCCAGUUCAAGCUGAGGAUCUUCUCCUUCAUCCACAACUCCGUCGUCUACCUGCACUGCAGACUCCGCAUCUGCAUGGACUCCCCUGGGGCCACGUGCAAAAUCAAUUGCAAUAACUUUCGGUUGCUGAAAAAUAGUGAAACCCCUGCCACACACCAGAUGUCCUGGGGACCCCUCAUUCGGUCUGAAGGUGAGCCUCCACGUGCAGAAGCAGGCCUGGGCGCUGGCUAUGUGGUCCUCACCGUGGGGGCCAUCUUUGUGCUGGUGGUGGGAGCAGCCACCUUUCUGAUCGUGCGCUAUCAGAGAACAAAUGGGAGAUACAACUUUAAAAUCCAGUCCGACAACUUCAGCUACCAGGUGUUCUACGAAUAGGAGGUGCAGGCUGGCAGGAAGGCUGACCCGGGUGACCUCUUCGUCCAGCAGGUCGCCGUGAGUCAACCUGCCUCCAGGACCUUGGCGCUUCCCCGGCGGGCUCCCCCGGGAUCCCCGGUGUCUCCCUACACCUCCAUCCAUCCCUCGGUUCUUAACUCUUCAAGCCUUAAUGGGGGGCUGCUCUGAUGGGUGUGCACUGCCAGCACCUGAGUGAGCCCAGAGAAGAUGGCAGCAGCCACUGUCUUCCCCCAAGAGGCAGGCUGUCCUGUGGGUCCCAGAGGAGCCACACCUCGCAGGCAGGUGAAGGGGCUAUGAGAGAUGGGGGCAGUGCUGGGGGUGCCCGGGCUCUACCACCACCCACACGGCCCCCACAGCCCAGACCUCCCAGACCUGUGACCCUCCACAGCAGACCACGGAACCCUCCUCCUGGGCUUGCUCUCCCGUGACAUCCAUCGCUCUUUGGCAAAUACAGAAUAUUCCACAUUCUCAGAGAGACCUGGCAGUGCUCUUAAUGCUGUUUUAAAAAUAGGCCAGUCUUAGAAAUAUACUGCUGGUGUUAUUUUUGGUGGAUGUUUAUGCUCAUCAACUUUUCUCCUGUGUACUAAGGUAUUGCUUUUAUUUACACAACAGCAACUCAAAAGGCACUCCAUUAAUAUGACAAUCUCUUUAGUAGUAGAAAUAACAUGUACACAUGACUCUACAUUUUUCUAAGCAUUUUCACAGCCAUUUUUUUUUCACAUAAACUGACCACAGGAGGAAGUGUGAUUUACUCACUACACAAUGAGAAACCAGAGGAGACAAUGAGUUACUUAAUUGAGGACACAGAAUGAAUUAGCAAGAAAAUGGUUCUAAAAUAUAAGCAUUUUAGUCUAGCAUUUUCUCCAUUAUACCAUCCUGAGUGAUAAUGCUUUGUACUUUAUUUGAAAUAAACUGGAAUUGUAUUAGAUA